AUGUUCGCAAAAUCGAAAACCAGCGGCUCGACGCCGAACGUUUUCCUCACAAAUCCACUGCAGAAUUUAUACGAAGUGGGGAAACAAUCGGCAACCGCGGGCCCCGAGAACGCAUGGCGUAUAUACGACGGAUACACGAAAGCAGACAGAAAGGAAGUUUCGAUAUUCCUGUUCGACAAACGAUCGGUAGAGAAGCUUUACAAGCCGAAGCGUAAGGAGAUCGUCACGGAAAUUCUACGAAAGGGCGCACGACAGAUGGAACAAUUUGCUCAUCCGAAGAUACUUGGGGCCAUCAAAGUCGAAGAAUGCGCGGACAGUCUCGCCUUCGCCUCGGAGCCCGUUCUGGCUAGCCUCGCGAACGUUCUGGCCUAUCAGGAGCAACAAGCGGCCAAUCUCGAUCAAUCCACGAGCAACGCAAACAAGCAAGCUUCCUCGACUACCAGCCAUCGCACCACAUUUACGAAAGAGUAUGAACUGCUCGAUAUCGAGAUCAAAUACGGGCUGUUGCAGAUUACCGAGGCACUGCUAUUUCUUCACGGAACAUGCAAACUUCUUCACAAAAACGUUUGCCCGGCGAGCAUAAUAAUUACCAAGAGAGGCACUUGGAAAUUGUCCGGUCUUGAAUUUAUCGAAAACGCCAGCGACGUGCCGAUAUCGUUGCAACCGUGGACAAAUCGUGCGCCGAAAAUGACGCAGCCGAAUCUCGACUACACAGCCCCGGAAAUACAGCAAAAGAAAGAAGGAGGCUUCUACAGCGACAUGUACAGCUUUGGCAUGACUAUAUGUGCAAUUUUCAAUCAAGGUCGACCACUGAUUCAAGCGAAUCACAGUUGCUCCGAAUACCUGAAACAAAUCGAGAACCUUGAGCAACAAGUCACCGUGAUGUUGCCUUUGAUUCCACUACCGUUACGAGAGGCUGUUACCCGUCUCUUGCACAACGAACCGGAACAAAGACCGACGGUUCAAAUUUUAUCGAUGAUUAAAUACUUUCAAGAUCCGCCUGUAUACGCGCUCCAAUUCCUGGACGUGAGCAAGCUGAAAGACGUGUUACAGAAAGAGCAUUUUUACACGGCCACCCUCCAAGGAAUAUUACCUUAUAUACCAAAGAAACUCUGGUAUCAGCAUGUCUGGACGUACUUACAAACCGAUCUGGAGAGUCAAGAGCUCCAGUCGGCCGUUCUACAGCCAGUACUUCAUAUCGUGCAGCACAGCACCCAAGAGGAAUACAAUCAGAUCGUGUUCCCAGUGUUGAGGUCGCUCUUCAUGAAUCGCAGAUCGAUUCAAGCGACGGUCACGCUGCUGACGAAUUUACAUGUGAUACUGAAGAAAACACCGUUGGAAUUCAGAGACAAGGAGGUGCUUCGUUUGUUAUACGAAUCGUUCGAAAAUACAAACACUCAAGUACAGACCGCGGCGUUUGUAGCCGUUUCGAACGUAACGGAGCACAUCAACGACGACGAAGCCGUUCGAAAUAUCAUACUGCCGAAAUUGCUUCAAGCCUUCGAACAGAAUUCCGCCGAUAUUCGUGUACUCAUGAACGUGGUCUCGUGCGUCCUGAACCGAUUGGAGAAACAAAAGAUCGUCGACUGUAUAUUACCGUUGUUGUUCAACGUAAAGCUUCAGGAGCCGGAGGUUAUCGUGCGGGUUGUAAAAAUUUACAGAUUAAUGCUGUCCGAUAAAAAGUACGGACUUACGGUGAACUGGAUGGCGACUCGAGCGAUGCCGUCCUUAUUACCCCAGACGAUUAACCCGUCGUUGAACUUGCAGCAGUUCGAGCUACUUCUCAAAGUUUUGCAAGAUAUGCUCAAUCACAUCGAGAGAAAUCAGAAGAAUCAAUUGUCGCUGGAUAAUCUGUCUCUGUCGAGCCCGGAGAGAUACUGGAGCUUGCGACAUCAGUACAGCACGAACACGCACGUGCCGGCAUUUUUCGUGCCGAAUUCUCAGCGUAAAACAUCGUCCGCGGAGGAUAUGGCUAGGAAAAAUAGCAUAGGUUCAAUAUCGAUGACAGCUUCGGCCGAAAACAUGGCAAGGAAGAACUCUGUGGCGGAAUACGGUUGGCUCUCGUCCUCGAAAAAUAACGGGAACUUCCUCAAAGUGUCGAACGCCUUUCCGAACAGACGUUUAUCGGACAAUACUCUAAUGGCGCCGAAGAUAGGCGUGCCGUCGUCCUGCGUAAGUUCGCCAGGUGGCACGCCCGGCGGUGGAUUACCGAUGUUUAGACGUCACUCGACGAGCACUGGUUCCCAAGACCGACGUGGAUCCACCAUCAAUUUGUCGCUUCCCACGUAUCGUACUACCAGUAGCAGCGUGCCAUACUUGUUCAGCUCGAGCAUGAACAGUAUACGCAGCUGGAGACGUCCGUCGGUCUCGUCAACGUCGUCCCAACAGGGCGCCGGUUUUCUACAGCAGGUUGGCUCCAGCAUGUACCAGUUCUUCUCCAGACAGUUCGACGAUGGAACCAUAACGACGACAAGACGCUAAACCAUCGUGCAACGACUGAACCGUCCGACGCGUGCAGCAAAAGGAAUCAUCGCA